GGGAUGACCACUGGGCAUCUCGGUCUCUUCGAAUUCUAUUUUAUCGGAAUCCGAAAUCCGAUUUGGAUUGGGUCGAUCAAUUUUCCGGUUUUUUCCGAAAUAUGCACAGGCUGCUCCACCCAGAACCGCCUGUUGUCAUCCCAUACUCGCCAGUCGCCACCCUUCCACCGCCCCUCUCCUCUCUUCUCUUCUCCUCCAAUUAAUGUUAAGAGCGUGGGUUUAGCUUAGAAGCGUGGUCAGGUAACCAACUUACUGGCUUCUUCUUCUUCAUCGGACGGACCAGAUUAAUAUCAUAUCACAAAGAAGAAUUAGACUAGAAGAAUAAUAAGGAUUGGAUUGGAGCGGAGAAGAUGGGGUGGUGGAUGUUGCCGGACGAGCUGUGGAGAAGAAUACUCGAGCUUGGAACCACCUCAGCCUCGGCCUCAGCCUCAAAUCCUCCUCCUUGUCGCCUCACCUACAGAGACCUUUGCUGCCUCUCCAUCACUUGCAGACGCCUCCACAGACUAUCCUCUGAAGAUUCUCUCUGGUCGUCUCUGCUCCUCUCCGAUUUCCCUCCUCCUCCUUCCAAUGCUUCAUUUAAUUCUACCUCCGCCUCGUCUUCUUCUUCUUCUUCUUCUUCGUUGAAAGCCCUCUACAAAAUCAGGUAUGAGAGGGACCGAGAGCAGAAGCGCCUGGCUCAUAGAAGAAUUAUUCUCAGAAUUGAAAGCGAAGUAGCUGAGUCCUCCAGAAAGAUUCGUGAAAUGGAGCUUCACUUAGCUCAGGAAAGGGAAAAAAUGAGGAUAACAGUUGCUGAAUUACUCAACUUGCGCAGAGUCAGGCAAGCAUCGGCUGCGUUGAAAGUGUGGCAACCAGAGGUAGUUCGAGGUACACAAAAGCAGAUGGUUGAGCAAUGUAAUGUACCUGUCGAGUCUCGGAUUAGUGCACUUGAGAUGGAGCUCAGGCUUUGCAAGCAACAAAUUGCAAAUUAUGAUAAGGCUCUUAAAGUUGAAAAUCGGAAGGUUGACAUAGCAAAAGAACAGUUGGAAUCAGUAAAAUAUCACCCUCUGCAUGACUUUAGCAGGAAAGGCAACAGGAAUGACAAACAUGGCAUAAGAAGAAAAAGGUCGAAACAUGCAUGAAAAUAAUGUUCCCAUUUUAAGGUCUAAACAGAGAAUUCCACAAAUCAACUUAGAAGAUAAAACUCUAAGCUAAUAAAAAUGGUGGAGAUAGGAAACUUUUGUAGUACAGGUGGUGGCUUUCCAGGUACUUAGGAAUAUCAAUACCACCCGGAAAGUUGCUGGAAUAUCAAUAUUCCAGUAAGAAGUCCACAUCUUUCUAGCUGCAGAAACUAGGAAGUACCGAGACAAAUGGAGUAUCAUGCGUCUUUGCAGGUAGUUGGAAUGAUGCUAAGGAACAAGAACUAAAAGUGCCAAUUUUGGAAAGAUGGAUUAAUUCGUGAUAAUCUGAAAAAUGUGUUUUGAGCUAAGGAAUACCACUCAGUGGCACAUUAACAUGCUUUAUUCGAGUAAAAUGUUGUCUUCAUCAAGACUUAUGCGGUUCCAACUGGUAACGGUCCAGAGGAAAAGCAAGUUUUAAGGGCUUUGUCUUAAAGUCCCCAAUAAUCCAACACUAUGGAAGCUGACCUUUUCAGAGCCACAUUCAAUUCCGCCUCUUCUUUAUAGUUGAAAGCUUCGUCACUUGUGGCGAACAUGACAUCAAGGUGAUGUCCAAUUUGUCUCCAUACUUUCUACGGCUAGAAGAAUGUAGACUUGAAUCUUGAUUUUGCAGGUAUUUUCCAGAUGGUAUUGAAAUUUACUUCGAUAAUAUAGGAGGAAAGAUGCUUGAUGCCAUGCUUCUUAACAUGACCCUCCAUAGCUGCAUUGCUGCUCGUGGCAUGAUUACACAAUAUAAUCUUGAGCAGCCAGAAGGAGUUCGCAAUCUAAUUUGCUUGAUCUCCAAGCGAAUGUGAAUGGAUGGAUUUCUAGUGUUUGAUUAUUAUCAUCUCUAUCCUCAGUUCCUGGAAAUGAUUAUCCCACAGAUACAAGAAGAGAAAAUCACUUAUGUGGAAGACAUAGCUGAAGGCCUUGAGAAUGCCCCACGUGCUUUGCUAGGGCUAUUCUCAGGGCGCAACCUGUGGAUAGUGUACAUCAUCUAGAAUUGUCCUUUUCACAGUUUGUGCUUUGGUUUUGUCUAGUAUACUUGGUAUCUCGUGCAAUGCUGGGAAGCAAAUAGUAGCUGUUGCAAACGUUUAAUAAUGUGUGUCGAGUGGAACUCACGGAAGUGCUUUCAGCUUUGGUGCUUGGCUUUGUCUUAUAGACCUGGCAUCUUGUCAAAUAUAUAAAUAGAAUCUCACUGCUUUUCAGAGCCCAAUAGCAGCAUUAAUCUAAUC